AACGCGGAUUCAGUCAAAUUCGCAACCUUGCGACCACGUGCUCGACGCCACAACGCCUCGGCUAACUCAGCCCGAGGCGCGGUUUGGGUGCGGUAUGCUGGCGGUAUGUACGUCCCUCCUCUGCUACGCACCGGUACCGCAAUGUCCGACUAGAUUCCGCUCGCUGCACCUCUCCUGUCGUUUCUCGUUGGCUCGAUUUCUCAGAGUUUAGAAGCUCUCUAUUGGCGCGAGUUGCCGACUGCUUCGAAAAGCUGACCCCUCGUUCUUCUGGUGCCCCGAUGUCUCGCGCUUCCUCAGUUGGCCAUACUUUCAUUUCAUUCGAUGGAUCCGCGAGGUCGACGUGGAAAGCAGUGGCCUUCUACGUGGUUCUCAACACGUGGAAUGAGUGGCUACACGGUCCAAAUGACACCAGCCUCCAUGACGUCCGUUCCUUGCCGUCAGAGGCUGCGGCACGUCUCUUGCUUGUGGAGGUAAUCAAGCUGUGUCUGAGCCUGGUGCACUCCCUGUGGAACUCGAGAUGGACUUCGCGGUACGCCUCCACCGGUCCGCACUACCCAGACGAGGAGGAGCUCGAAGCCUCAGAUCUCACAGACUCUCUGAGGCUCUAUUCUCAUGGCCAUGAGAGUCCGCGGGGAUCUGUGGAAGGCAUGGUUGCUAUAUGUCCGCCGAUUAGGCCAUUCGCGCUCGCGCACGUCUUCGUCGUCGCCACCGUGUUUGCGUUCUACCAGUACAAUGUCGCGCUCGCCCGGGAUCUCACUGACCCCCUCACAUUGUACUUGGCUCUGUCUGUCGGAACGCUAUGCACGUUGUUUUUAUCGUCUCUCGUGCUUCUUCAUUUGUUUUCUGCCAUCCAAUGGCAUGCCGCGAUCCUUCAGUCCUGUGGAUUUCUGGUCGUCCAGAUGUGGCUCGCUUUGCACGUCUCUCCGCACAUAUCCUAUCCGAUUCUCAUCAGUGCAGCGUUCUCUCAGUCAAUAUCAUCUGUGCUAUGCAAACAUCUUUAUACCGUGUAUGGAAACGUACCUUGGCCUUCUCUAAAUAAUGCCCUCUUUGCAUUUGGCAUCCUUAUUCGCCUGGUGAUAUACUCGGUGUCAGCCGAAGACGAGUCAUUCCGGGACGCAUUGGGUCCUAUCCCGCUGCGGACGCUCUUCUCAUCUGGGGUGCGUGCCAUAGCAGAGGUAUCCUGGCUCGCAGUGAUAUAUUACUGGGAUCCUGCCGCCCAGGCUGUCCUAUCGUCAACAAGCAUCGCGGUAUACGUGCUCAUUGUCAGCUCCUGGUCUGGGAACGCUUGGCUGGGAGUCAUCCUCGGUUGUUUCCUCGUCAUCUCAGCCUGCGCCAUAUAUGUCUUUCAUCAAUCGGAUACAGACGAGGAACAACGACAUGGGAAGAAGCCUUGGUUCCCCUUCCGCAGGACAGCGAGCGGGGCAGUCCUUCUGUCCGCCGCCUGCUAUCUCGCCUUCACCGCGUCUCACGAGUGGGGGAGCGCGCUCCACCACCCAGGCAGGCCGCUCUCUGUGGGCGACCUCGCCGUCAGCUCUCCAUCAAGAUGCAUGCGGAAGCCCCUUGCGUCAUGGGGUUACUGGCCCGGCGAACGCACGUACCAUGCCUUUGACAACGUACUGCUGAUUGUCUUCUUCAGCCAUGCGCGAUACGACGCCAACCUGGACUUUUAUCGGGAGGUGUACUCGCAGUUCUUUCCCAACAUCGUCUUCGUCGGGCCUGGGACGCGCGAAGACAAGGGCUUCCAGCACUCGUAUGACGUACUCGUGGACUCGUACCAGUCGGACGAAGAUCUCUCUGACCCGGCGUUCUUCAAAAUGGCGGGCAGGAUGGCGCAUCACAUGCUCUUUACGGCGAUGAAGGAAUACGAUUGUUACGACGGGUACCUCUGGGCACCAUUCGACACGCUUCUCAACGUCCCACGCCUGCAGCUGUUCGACCAGCGAUACUUUUGGUACCACUCCCCCGCCGCGACGUACGUGCCUAACCCGGCCCUGGGCGAUGCAGCAGCGAAUAACAACGCGAGUCGGCAUGCACCUCCCGCGAAUAUCUCGCCUGACCCGUACCUCGAUCUCACGUCAACAUGGAAGGGCUGGGGACAGGAUUGGUGGUGGGGUGAUCCCCAUGUUGGCCUGAGCGUGUGUAUGCCGGCCUUCCACCGCGUCCCGCCGCCACUGCGAGAGCAGUUCAGAGAGCGGAUGGCACCAUACACGAACGGCACGACACGCCUCAUAGGCGGCUCGGCCGACACGCUAUACAUCCCCGGCAGACAUCGGCAAGUAUUCAUGGAUACGCUCGCGCUGUUUCUCGAAACGGACUGCUUCCUCGAGAUUGCGACGCCCACAGUCGUCCAUCUCUCCGCAGCCCUCGAGGAGCCGAUCCUCUUCGUAGACCAUUGGUGGAUCUGGCAGCCUCCCUUCAACGCGACGUACGUGCGACAAAAGUGGGCGCAGGGGUACGAGGUGGACACAUUCCAUACGUUCCACUGGGGCGACCGCGACUCGAACGGGGUGUGGCGCGGCAACCCCGCACACAUCGCGGACGUCCGCGCGCUGUUGGCAGAGUCCGCGCGGCGCCAGGACGUCGAGUGGCCCUGGACUAGUAGCGCGCUCCCGGACACUGCUCCGACGCCGGAGCCGACGUCAUAGGACGAGCGCACUUCCCGACCUGUACUCCCGAUCGUACGCCUUUCCCGGAUUGAACAAUGAGUACAUGGACCACUACCGUAUACCACGCGCUACAUAUAUAUCAUCUUUCGUUGCACGACACUUACCUCCAUCUUUUGUUUUACUGACCGUCCAUUCUUUAUAUACAGGAUAGGAAAAUAAUCAUAAUAACCGCAUGCACAUCCUACUUCCUCCGUCGUACAUGUGGUGAUACGGAUACUUGAUACCGGACACAAUUGCACGAGAUGAUGUUGUAACCUGGUACACGGCCAGUACUAGUAUUUGAUCGAAUGCAUGGAUGGUGUACAGAACUAGUAACUGACCUUGCUCCUUGAAUGUGAACU